GCACCACGUGACGUCCCUUUAAGAUCUCUCUUGACUGUCCGCGACCAUGGCAAGAGAAAGAUUUCCACCUAAUGACCAGGGCAGAGUUACCAUGCAAAGAAUCGCGCCUCGUAUCUGCCCAGUUUAAAGCGAAAACGGAUAUAUAAUACGACGACUGGCGCCUUGACGGCACACGCGACAGAGAAAAACCCUGAUCAUUCAAGCACUUUUACGCGGGACGCAGGAGUUGGGAUGUCGAAGUGACGCACCUUGAGUUGUUUUAACAGCUUGGGAAGUUGCAGCUUUUUGACGCGUGGAAGAAGAAUGCCACAAGAUUCAAGUGCCUUGUUUACACAUUUCACUUGGCUCUUCUGUUCUUGAGCUUCUCGGAUUUUUUGCGCCAUCAGUUGAGAGAGAAGUUGCAUCCGUGAGAGGAAACGGAUUUUAAACCAGCAGUAGUUUGUUCUUCUUUUAGAAAGAGCUGCGCCUCACUCGCUCUCCCUCGAUGACUCUCGACAACUUCAAACAUUCCGCGAUACUCACAAGUUUAUUAAAAAUGUCUGACGAUAAUGAUUUAAUAGGUGCUUCGGAGUUUAUUAAAGAUCGACUCUAUUUUGCAACCUUGCGGAGCAAGCCGAAAAGCACCACAAACACGCAUUACUUCAGCACGGAUGAGGAGUUUGUGUACGAAAACUUUUAUGCCGAUUUUGGACCCCUCAACCUGGCUAUGCUGUACAGAUACUGCUGUAAACUCAACAAAAAGCUCAAGCUGGCAAGGUGUAGUUCUCUCAUGUGUUCAUGUUUUGGAAUUUUAAAGUCGUUUACACUGACCAGAAAGAGGAUUGUGCACUACACCAGCUUCGACCAGCGCAAAAGGGCUAACGCUGCUGUGCUCAUCGGUGCUUAUGCUGUGAUUUACCUAAAGAAAACACCAGAGGAAGCCUACAGAGCCCUUAUCUCCGGCUCCAAUGCCUCAUAUCUUCCCUUCAGGGAUGCUUCAUUUGGGAAUUGCACAUACAACCUGACGGUUCUCGACUGCUUGCAAGGCAUUAGGAAGGCCCUCCAGCACGGAUUCUUGAACUUCGAGGCGUUCGACGUAAACGAGUAUGAACAUUACGAGCGGGUUGAGAAUGGAGAUCUGAACUGGAUCAUCCCGGGCAAACUUCUCGCUUUUAGCGGGCCGCAUCCGAAAAGUAAAAUAGAGAACGGUUACCCUCUACACGCCCCGGAGGCUUAUUUCCCAUAUUUCCGCAAGCACAACGUUAUCACCAUAGUCCGCCUCAACAAGAAGAUCUACGACGCCAAGCGCUUCACAGACGCCGGUUUCGACCAUUAUGACCUGUUCUUUGUGGACGGCAGCACGCCCAGCGACGUCAUCACCCGCCGCUUCCUGCACGUCUGCGAGAGCACGGAUGGAGCCGUGGCGGUGCACUGCAAGGCGGGAUUAGGCCGGACGGGGACUCUGAUUGGCUGCUACCUGAUGAAGCAUUACCGCUUCACGGCUGCAGAAGCCAUCGCUUGGAUCCGCAUCUGCAGACCCGGCUCUAUUAUUGGACCCCAACAGCAUUACCUAGAAGAGAAGCAGGCGAGUCUCUGGGCGCACGGAGAUAUUCACCGUGCCAAACAGCGGCAGUAUGAGGACAGAUCCGUGCCUCACCUCAUCUCCAGUAUGGACAACCUCUCCAUCAACACCUCCAUCUUUAAAUCACACAGCCUGGACCGUAUGGAGGAGGUGAGGCAUGCUCAAUAUACCAUAAAGAACGAUUACGCAGAAAACGAUCUCGGUAUGACGCAAGGAGACAAACUGCGUGCCUUAAAGGGUCGACGGCAACCGAGGUCUGCGACCACCGGAGCCAUAAGACUCGAGGACAUGAAGAUACACACUAGGUCUGCAUCUCAGCCUCUCAGCCGAGUGAAAGCGGCAGCCGCUGGCCAGGGCUCUGUCUCCCCCCUCAAAUCCUCUAAAGUCCCACCAUCCUCCUCCGUCUCUGCCUCUGCCAAGCGAAUUGGCCGCUCUUCAUCUUCAUCAACCAACCUCAAGAGCACCAGAUUAGCCAGCUCUCUGGGUAACCUGUACGAACCAAACGGCGAAGCCAACGGCUCUGGGAAGCCUCCUUCCCCUUCCUCGUUCACUUCCCACCCCGUCCGCACGGGCUACAGCGGCCCAAUCACCACCCACAAUUACCACUACGAGGUCAACAACAACAACAAUCAGUAUAACAGCACCAGCACCCCCAACAGCAACGGGGUGAGCCCGAGCAGCGGGGCAAAAAGCCUGACCUACAACCUCAACCACACCAGCCCAAGUGGACCUUCCACCAAUGGAAGGCUGGGGGCCAGUGAACAGGGGCACCACAGAAGCCCCCCGACGGGGCUGAGCGGGCUCUCGGCACGAUACCUCAGCCGCUCCAUUCCUUCCCUUCAGUCUGAGUAUGUUCAGUACUAAAGCCGCCACCUUCCGCUAACCCCCGUCCCAAGCUGCCGGCCUGGUUCCGACCCGUGACGCCUUUACUGUGACCACCGAUUUGCUGACUUCGAAACGAAGACCGAAAAAUGCUUUGAGACUGAAUGGUCAUAACAUGUCCUGCUACAAAAGGGCUGAUGUGGAAUCUGCUGCAUGCUGUUAAACGACACGAACUUGCCUUGGCCGUUCAAAACGUCUUUUCUUUUUUUCAUUGUUUUUUUUUUUAUGAAUUUGCAUAGGCAAAUAUUUUUAGAUAAUGAAUUUUGUACUAUUUUAUCUACAAUUCUUAUGCUCGACGACAAGGUUUGUUGAUAUUUGUGUAGCUUUGGAUUAGGGAAUUUGUUCUGACGUAAAUAUCACGUUUUUGUCUCCCGAGUGUGCUUACUGAGUAACAUAUCAAGUGCGAGGGCUAUUUUUGAAAGGUGCAAAAUGGUUCGACAGCUACGUGUCAUCUUCAAAGGGAUUUGCGGCCCACGAAAGCCAUAAAGAGUGUGUUUUCUCUUCAUUUGGGGGUCUAAGGUGGGUUUGUCUCCAUGCAACGGCGGACGGCUAAUGAGACCACGUCCAAUUUGCAAGCAAACUUAUUUUUUCAGAGAAAAUGAAGGGCUUUGUUUGUUCAGUAUGAGUAACGGGGUGAACUCCUUUUCUUUUUUCCCAUCCAUUGUGACAUCACAAUGUGCGUUAUUAUUAAACGAACGCAGAUCUGAGCUCGCACGCGUUUCAAGAGCAUCAAGGGCUGUUGAGAACACAACCGUCAACACUUCACUUAUUUUACGAGUGUCCAUUUCACCAGCACAUCUGAUAUAUAACAUCUCAGAAUGUACGAGUGCAUGAACAUGCACCGUUUUUGCAUAAAGUAGCUUAAACUGCUUUAAAUAUACAAGUAUAAAUGCAAAUAACUGUUACAGUAGAUGAGCUUAUGUGUAGGCAGUAAUAUGCAUAACUAAACUUUUAUGUUAGUGCACAUAAUGAAUGUACAAACUAAUCUGAAUAGGUUGUUCCAGCGGUGUCUCAAAUUUGGUUACUUUAGAAUGUUUACAAUCUAGCGCAAAUUAUUUAUAGUACAGUGUUCUUAAAGGUGACCAGCAGGGUUUAAGAUAAAACCUUACAUAUUAUUUACAUCACGUAAUAAUACAUUUAGCCUCGAGUCAUUCCAUACUUCACCAUAUUUCUUCUGUCAAACACAAAAUAAGAUUUUGAGCAAUUCGCAAAGCUCUUUUGAUGAAGCACCAUAAAAGUACCGCAAGUCAUCAAUUUUACGUUAAUAAGAUGUCUUUGCGCAAUUAUACAGAUUGAAAGUAAAUUCGUCAAAUUUCAUUCAUUUGAAAAAUCGCUUGACAAAACGUGUUUGCUCCAGAUCAUGGCGCAAAACGCCAUUAAAAAUACAAUUGAAUGUAUUUAAAUCAAAUUGUAGAGCUAUAAAAGCAGUGAAGCAUUUUUCAAAUUACGAUGGCAAACUUCAGUAUCAUAUUUCUUCAGAAAACAGCAGAAAAUACUUAUAUGGUGCACGUUUGGACUUAUUUUUAUUGAGUGGAAAAGAGCAGCGUGAACAUUCUUCUCAAUAUCACAUUUUCUGUUCCACAGAGGAAAGUCGGUCAUACAAGUUGAUAUUAGUUCAAUAAAUGAUGACAAUUGGAUUAUUUGCAUAACGUAAUAAUACAUUUAGCCUCGAGUCAUUCCGUACUUCACCAUAUUUCUUCCGUGAAACACAAAAUAAAAUUUUAUGCGAUUCGCAGAGCUCUUUUGAUAAAGAACACACCAUAAAAGUACCGCAAUUCGUAAAUUUUGCGUUAAACAAUAUUUUUGCAUCAUUUUACAGAUAAAAAAAAAAAUUGUCAAAUUUCAUUCAAUUGCAAAAAACGCUCGUCAAAACAUGUUUGCUCCAGAUUGCUUCAUUUACGAUCAUGAUAUCGAAUCUAGCGCAAAGCAUCAUAAAAAAAAUUGUUGAGCUAUAGAAGCAGGGAAGAAUUUUGCAAAUUACGAUGGUAAACUUUAGUAUCAUAUUUUUUCAGAAAACACCAAAAAAUACUUAUAUGGUUAUGUGCACAUUUGGACUUAUUUUUAUUGAGUGGAAAAGAGCAGCGUGAACAUUCUUCUCAAUAUCAUAUUUUCUGUUCCACAGAGGAAAGUCGGUCAUACAAGUUGAUAUUAGUUCAAUAAAUAAUUACAAUUGGAUUAUUUACCUCACGUAGUAAUACAUUUAGCCUUGAGUUAUUCCAUACUUCACCAUAUUUCUUCCGUGAAACACAAAAUAAGAUUUUGUGCAAUUCGCAGAGCUCUUUUAAUGAAGAAAGCACCAUAAAAGUACCGCAAGUCAUCAAUUUUACGUUAAGAUAUCUUUGCGUAAUUAUACAGGUUAAAAAUAAAUUCGUAAAAUUUCAUUAAAUUGAAAAAUCGCUCAUCAAGGUCACGAUUUCAAAUCUGGCGCAAAACGCCAUUACGAUGGUAAAAUUUAGUAUCAUAUUUCUUCAGAAAACAGCAAAAAAUACUUGCACGUGCACGUUUGGACUUAUUUUUAUUAAAUGGAAAAGAGCAGCUUGAACAUUCUUCUCAAUAUCACAUUUUCUGUUCCACGGAGGAAAGUCACUCAUACAGGUGGAUAUUAGUUCAAUAAGUGAUAACACUUUUUAUUUUGGGGUUAAACUAACCUAAGAGUUUCUAUUUGAUCAGACACUUCAGUGCAAAUUUAUGCAAUUAUAUUUUGACUGUUCUGUAUCUAUUAGUCCUGUAGCACUCUGUACAUUCCAGAUGGUGUUAUGAAUUAUGUGUAUGUAUAUAUGUUUUGGGAGAAUCUUAUUUGAUUGAAGUAUUCUACCUCUUUGACAUAUACAUGAUGUAAACUACUUUCUUGCUUAUAAAAAUAUAAAUAUAUACAUAUUUUUGGAGCAGCGUGUAAAGAAAAUCUAACAAUGUUAGAGCAGUGUUUGCUUUUCACAAACAUAUGGACUUUAAAAUACAAAGUAGUGGGUUGUACAUUAUUCUUUUACGAUGUAAACACGAUUUCAAAGAGCAGAACAAAUAAAAGACUAAUUUUGCUUUA